CUUCAUUUUGCAUCUUCAGUAGAUUCACUUCUGUCCGGACGACGGUGUCAUCACUGGAGCCACGUGGUCAGAAAUGCAGGUUCCUCUUCUUAUCUUAAACACUCUGGAUGAGCUGGGUGUUGAUGAAUUCAAGAGGUUUCGCUGGAAUCUCACUCAGCCAGUGCUGGACGGAUGUCAGCCCAUUCGUAAGGCCUACCUAGAGAAUGCAGACCGGCAGGACACAGUCAGCAGGAUGAUAGACUGCUACGGUGAAGAAACAGCUGUGAACAUGACUGCUGAAAUCUUGAAGAGGAUGAACCACAACAACGCUGCGGAGAAGUUAAAGUCAGCAUUUGAAGGUGGAUCAAAAGCUGCAAAACCACCACCUUCACCUCCACCCUCCUCCUCCUCCUCCUCAUCUUCCUCUGAAUUAACCCCUGCCGCUGGUGCCUCAGUUUGUGCACAAGGUAGAAGUGUCAUCGUGGCACCCAACAUCGCAGGCACCAGCUCUGGUGUAUCAAUUAACAUGAACAUUAAUACAAAAUAACUGACUGAACGGUUUACAUCCCGUUAAAGAUUAAAACAAGUUUUAGGUUAAUUAAGAGUGUCUGUGUCAAGCUGAAUAACCUGUGCUAGAGGGGUUAAUAAAUCUGAUUGAUUUCUUCAAACGUUAAAAAAUAAAUAAAUAAAUACAAACCUAUAAAUUUAAAGUGAAAAGAAAUAUCUUUCUCUUAUUGUAUGUACAAGCAAUAGGGCGCAUGUUAGGCCAAUCUGAACUGUGAUAGCCUUGUUAAUAUCAGCACACUUUCUCUAUUGUUUCCAAACGAAUGAGAUUAAAAUAUUUUUCUCCACAGCAGCAGCCCUUUCUUUUUCCACUUUUUUUUAAUUUUUAUGUAAAUUACGGUCUCCCUGCCCCCUCAUCUCAAACUCUGCCACAGCAUGUCAGAGCAGUGACAGAAAGACCUGACACUGAAAAAAGAGUGACAUAAAGAAAAAAAAACACUGUCACUUAAAAACA